CAACCGCCGCGCGCCCUUCCCGUCGCUUCAGUCAGCCAUCGGCCCCCAAGCUGUGAGCUCGUCUGUGACGCUGUGCAUUUGACAGUUGUUAUCGUGAUCGUGUGAUGUUUUCGUAUCGGAACUAUGGUGUAUCCCCAUGAAAAUGUGGAGUGAUUUUCAGGGCUCGGGCGGCGGGUGCGGCGCCAAACGGCGUGCCGGCUCGCCGUGCGAGGGCGGCGGCGGUAAAGUCGCCCGGUGGGAAGACUCGAUAGCGCGGCUCGAGGCCGUGGCCGCCGGCGCCGGCGGCGGAGAGUGCUGGCGAAGCGAAGAAGAGGAACGGCGCGCUUGCCGCCGGCGCUGGUGCGGCGGCUGGUGCGGUGCGCACGACACCAUCCGUGCCGAGAACGGCAAGUCCUACCUGGAGCUGGGGGGCGCUGCGGCGCGCGCCUGCUGCGACGGCCGCGCCGCCGGCCGCUGUGCUUCUCGCCGCUGCUACCGCGAAAGGCGAUUCAAAAUGAUGAACUUAUGUGCGUUAAAGUUAGCGCGAUUCCGACAGACCGCGGACCCUUCGUUGAGGCGGUCGGUGCUUGUGUGCAAUACGUUACGUGGCAUCGAACGGGAAAUGGAACGGGAGAGUGCCGAGGAGGCGCCUUUCGAGCCCGCGUGCGUCGCAGGCGGCAUGGCGCGUUGCGAGCUGCUGAGCGCGCGAGACCCGUCCGCCGGCCGCGCGACGCCAUUCCCCACGCCACCGCCACCCGACCGGGACUCCGGUUACGGCGACGAAGAGCAGCGAACCAUCGACUGGGGCUCCGUGCUGAGUCUGUCUUCCCGGUCGGCGUUAGAUCCCCCCGAAGACGCAUGGCCCGACGACUGGGGCUGGAGCGAGGACAGCUUUGUCCGGCUGUUGGUGCCGACGAGUUAGUGCACGGCGCGCGGGCAGGACUCGCCCGCGCCCCUCUGAGCGCCUGUGAUAGGUUCGCCGUGGCGGCCGCAGCGAGGUGAGGCGGGCCGCGCGGCUGCCGCGAACCCGCGCGCGGCCGCGCCACACUUCUAGUCGGGGGCGCCGCGCCGCCCGGCGCCCGGCUGUUCACCGCGACGCGCGACUCUCGCGUACCCGCAGUCAGUAGUUAGUAUUAUUAUAAUUGCUAAAGGGAAGGUGCUAGCUUCGGACGUGACGUAGGACUUUUUGCGAGCCGAGUUAUUUUUGAUAGUUUUAUUUUCUUUAAGUGAAUUCCAAACUGAACUGACUUAGCUAAUGACGUUUUCAUCGUUUAAAUUAAAACUGAGGUGUUUAAAUUUUUGUUGAAAUUAUUGUGUAAUUAAUUAGGUGAAAAUACAAUAUUUAUUGUUUCGUUAAAGAACAAGUCAUAGUUUGAAGAAAUUAUUUCUGUCUUGAUAUUUUCAAUAAUAUACUUAUUGUAAUCAGAACAACGAGAUGAUUUUAUGAUUGGAUAUUCAUUGACUGUAUUCUGCUUCGUGACCGUGUGCUCCUUUUCUAAAUAACCUGUUAUCAAUGCACAAAAUCUUCCUAUUUCCUUCUCCCAAACCUUAGUCUCUAAAUGAAGACAGAAAAUGUCCUGACUUCAUUUGAUACCACCAUAGUUAUUUUAAGCAUGGAGCACACGGCACACCAAUUAGACUUGGCUAAGCAAGUCAGACUCUAUGUGUGGACAUGUGCCGAUCGUUGGAGAAGCACGAGAAUGUAACGCUUGCUGUACUGAGUGCUGUCAUGACGGCAAAACUUGUACCGCUCGCGUGAUCAUGUUGAACAACUGAAAGAAUAGUACUUAACGCUGUGAGCUUUCAUAUUGUCACACCCACUUAUGCUGGCUGUAACUGAAUGUCAAUUAAAUAGCCUUACCAGCUGUGACUGUGGAAGUUUCAUGGUAUCGUCAGGAUCAUGCAUUUAAUCAUUAGAACUUGAGAAGACAGCUCUGUCAAUGUACUUAUUAUAUUACGAACAUUGAAAACUUGUUACUUAAAUUUUGUCUACAACCUCGAAUGUCUACCAAGGAAUAUGUAUUUAUAGUUAUUUAAAUAAGAAAAUUUAUUUAGGCGCAGAAUAAUAGUGAAAUCUCAUCGAAUAAUUUAUUUUUGACUAACUGAAAUAUAGUUCCUAAUAUGAAACUAAACUUACCGAAACGGUAACUUAUUAGAAAGGACUAACAAAUAGUUUACACUGAACAUUUCUUGGGUGGCAUCCGAGGUAUUAAUGAUGGGCUAUAAUUUUGUUUGCAACUUAAAUGCUUUUGAGAAUUGAAACAUCGAAAAAUAAAUCAGAUUAAAAAUAUGUUUACAAUAGACUAACAACCCGUCGUUUCUAAAAGGAGAGAUCUAGUCAAGGACAGCAAUGACUUCGCGCCUUCCAAUGUAGACUUAUGUGGUCGCUGUAUGAUGGCGCAGUGAUGAUAAGUUCUCUCAUUAGUAACAUCGGGUUGGGAGCAGCGCGUCAAAUGGCACGUAAUAAAUCUGGCGCCAUUAAGACUUUGCUCACGCGGCAGGAAUAUGAUGAUUUCAGCCAUAAGUCGCUUUGAGUUUUAUUGACUGACCGAAUGAUUGCUUUGACUGAAUAUUGUAAAUUUGCUUUCUUUUUUCUAAAGUCGGAGUGAGCACUUUUUUAACGACGCCGGUUUGCGCUGACAGAACGCGAGAUCCACGGAAUUGGGACUGCAUGGACCAAACAUACCUAGCACGACCUUUAAUAGAGCAAAGUACAAAUUUCAAUAAAGUAGGAUGCAAUAGUGCUCCGGCGCAUGUUUGUCCACCGUUGUCAAUUACUUAAAUAUUUGAAUUGUGAUUUGGUAGCUAAUGAGAGAAAACUCUAUGUUCUUAAAUUUAGUGUACAUAUUAUAUACGGAGAUGGGCAUUAUGGUGCGGAUUCCCGCUGCCGUUGUAAAUACGUGAUGUAAAGUAAUAAUUUUAUUGAUAUCGAUGUCGAAGCCGCGCCGGGGAGGCGGCGCUCGCUCCCGUGUUGUAUCAUACAACCUCUAUUCUGUCCAUAAACUCGACAAGUACAGAUUUACAAGUUACAUAUUAUGCAUUAUAAUGUAAGACGUCACAAAUAUUGCCAGUACAGUUUUAUAAUACACGAACAACUUAGUCAUUAUAUGGGUUCUAAACUCGCGCACUGGAAAACUGAAUUCAGCUCAAUCUUUUUAUUUUUACGGUUUAUUUUUGCGUAGACAUUUUUGUUGAACAUGUCCGUGUGGUUGGUUGUGAUGGUUUACUUAAGUAAGUUAGCGACUCUCCGGCAAACUAUUCUGUUUGAAGUUUAUCUACAUAUUUACUAUACAUUUGUACUACUAUUUUCGGUCACUGCGUCUCAUGUAUCUGUUGCUCGAAAUAUUGCACACACUAUUUUCAUUUUGACGUACUUAACGUUUGAUAAGUGAUUAGGUUUUUUAUUAAUCCGAACAAAAUAUAUUUUCUUAAAGAUGUAUCAAUUGUCUGACUGAUCGAGCGGCAGAGGUAUGAGACUGGCGACAGUCAAAUGCUUGCAACUAUGUACAAACCGUUUUAAUGAAUCCUCUUUAUCCUGUCAUUUUCAUAUUUGUAUAAAUUGAUAAUUUGGAAAUGCUCAAUCACUGAAAAAUUAUAAAAUAUCGUCGUCUCUUUGUGAAUAGUGUAAUUGUGGUGAGCACCUCUUCAAUUGUAAAAAUACCUGUGUGGUACCUUGUGCCGGCACUAGCCCGCUGUGGCGAGCUGCGGCGCGUCGUGUUGUGACUUCAGCAAUAAGCGGCGGUGGUCCUUCGAUCCGUCUUUCCUGGCCGCGAGCUUUUCCAAGAAAAGCUAGCGGCCGAUUCAUACGUAACUUUAAUUAUUUAAGUGUAACUCCUUAGUGUUUUUCAUUGCCAUUGGUUACCAAAAAUGACAGGAUUUUUAUUGAAACAAUUGUGAAUAUAUUUUAGAAGGAAUAAUACUCAUUAGAAAAUUAUGAAAACAAUUUUGAAUUAACUUAUUUGCACAUCGAAUUGUUAAAACGUUCCUCAUAUUAGGGGUUGUUCAAAAUUGUUUCUUUAAUUGUCUAAUGUAAGAUAUAUAAUUGUAAUAUAUUAUUGUUUAAGCUGUUGUGUCGAAAAUAACAAGAACAGGAAUAAUUUUGUGAAACAGUGGCACAAAACAUAAAUAUUAUAUAUAUUAUAGAAACAGAAAUGUGUCUAUAAGAGCAAUUUUUAUAAUAAAUAUUUACUGUUGAAGAA